UACUUUUCCUUAAAAAUAUAAUCAGUCUUUGUACCAGAUUUUAAAAGUCAAGACAACUUUAUAUUGGCAAUACACUGUAAUAAGGGAUUGCGUAGACUGACAGCUUCUGCCAUGGCCCUGUUCCUUGCAGCUUCUUUCAUCUCUUACUCCUGGAGUGCUCCUCAGGGUCACUUCCAAAGAAGAAACUGGACUCCUCAGGCUAUGCUCUAUUUAAAGGGUGCACAGGGACGUCGAUUCAUCUCAGAUGAGAGCCAGAGGAAGGACCUCUAUGACAGAUUGCAGCUAGGUUUAGAUCUGAGAAAGUGUGUUGGCUUUGUCUCUCCAGAAACACGCAGCCAAAAUACAAAUCCUAUAUCUCUGUCGGAGGCUGCAGAACUAUUUCUUAACUCUUUACGGAAAGCACAAGAAGUGGAAGAAGAAACCAAUGAUCACCCUGGAUACUUAACAGACAAUCUAUUAAACUGGUGAAAGAUUUCAAGUUGCAUCAACAUGCCCAUUCAUCUCCCUUGAACCCAUGGUCUAUGUAAGCAAAACAUUCUGAUUCAUCUGACUCCACCUGUGUUCUGAAGGAAUAAAGCUUGGACUCAUUUUUGCAUUUUGAAUGCAAAUUGAUUAAAGGAUAUUGUUCAGCUACGGAAACUAUUUUAAAUUUGAUUUCCUAUCUUAAACCACAUUGCGUGCCACCCAAAAUUUAAAAACCACUGGAACAUCUUAACUUACAGGACCCAAACAUCAUACUGAUAUUGAAUUGUUUUUAAUAAUUUUUCCAAAAUCUUCUCAUGGAAAAACUUUCACCAUAUUCCAGCCAACUCUGCAUGUAAACACUUUUUAACCUAUGACAGCAGUUGACUCUUUAACCACCACAUUGCUGGUCCUGAAAUCCACCUGCAGGGCUCUUGCAGUCUAUUGGUGUUCCAGUUAAAUCAAUGAAAUAUUAGAGUGCAUCUAGUAUAUGGGGCAGCAAAGCAGGUGAUUUCUGCUGGAGAUAUUUCAUUCUGUAGCGAACAAUCAACAGGCUACCUAUCUAGGCCUUAAUCCUGCAAAAUUAAAAUAUAUGCUUAUCUUUUAUGUACUGUGAGUAAUCCAAUCAAACUACUCACAGUGUAUAAAGAUAUGCACAUGUGUAAUUUUUACCAGGAUUGGGAGCCUUCCUAAUGAUCAUGGGAUAAAUUCACCACUGUUAUCAGUUGAAGUUUGUUGUGUUGUGCCAGCAGUGAAUCUAGCCACA